GCAGUUUCGUUUUGGUAUUAUACUUUACGGGUAAAGUAGUAUAUUUAAAUACUAAUUUCAGUAUUUAUGAAAUCAUUACACAGAAUACAAAAUCCAAAGUUUUUUAGUUUUUCUGGCCCCUCUCUGUUUGCCUUGUCAGUCCCACUAAACGACCACUGGAAGUCAUAAAAUGGAUUUCUCCAAUAGUAGUACGAACAUGGCAUCAUUCCAUUUGAAUCUACUACUACUACCUUCCUCCUCCAUUACAUAUACCAAAGUAUCGGCCUUUAUAUAACGCAUACAAGAUUGUUUUUUUUUCUUUUUCUUAAACUACUAAUUAAGAUUCAACCCACUAUAAUUUGUUUUCUCCUGCUAUAUGUUUGUGAUUAUUCUUUUUCUUUUGGUAAUGUAAGAGAAACGGGAAACUAAUCAACGUGGAACAAAGCUUUUAGAUAUACUAUACUCAUAGGCAUUGCUUUUCACGUCACAAUAAUGUAUUUAAUAAUUCCAUAACCAUACUCUUAUGCGAGCCAGUUAAGUAUAACUCUUAUCAUUAGUCCUCUGUUGAAAAUGAUAUUAUUUUUUCUUGGUGGUAUUCACGAGUUCUUUAUGCCACUUUCGUAUCCCCCGCAUAAAAGAAGACAAAUACAAAUAGGCGAAAACGACGCCGCCUACUUGUUAACGGCACCACCUAAACGACGCCGUCUGUUAACUGCAACGUCUUGUCUCUCCCUUUAUAUAUAUGUCUCUUCCUCUUCUUCCCCCUUCACCUUUCAAUAUUCUCUCUACAUUUUUCAUAAUUUCCUUCUCCUCAACUUCAGAGAAACUCAGAUUCUGUAGGCUUUUUCAAUACGAAAAGAGAACUGAGGGAGAGAGAUCAGAACCUGUCCGCUGGUUAUGGCGUCUCUGAUCUCAGAUACAGAACCGCCGACGACGAGUACUACUACAGAUCUCGUUCGGAGGAAGAAGAAGAGAUCCUCUGUUUCAUCCGCCGCGUCGUCUCGUACAAGCGCAGCUUCCGUCUCCUGUGAGAGCCACACGCGAUGGAGAUCCGAGAAGCAACAACGCAUCUACUCCGCCAAGCUGAUCCAAGCGCUGCAGCAAGUCCGCCUCAACAACUCUUCAGCCGAGGCGACAUCAUCUCCAACGGCUCAGAAACGAGGCAGAGCCGUACGUGAAGCCGCGGACCGAGCUCUCGCCGUUUCCGCUCGCGGGAGAACGCUCUGGAGCAGAGCCAUCUUAGCUAAUAGGAUCAAACUGAAGUUCCGUAAACAGAAACGUCCGAGAGCGACGACGGCGAUCCCGGUCACGACCACGGUGGUGAGUAGCAGCAACAGAUCGAGAAAAAGAAGAGUGUCGGUGUUGAGAUUGAAUAAGAAGAGUAUACCGUCGGUGAACCGGAAAGUUCGUGUUCUAGGCCGGUUAGUUCCGGGUUGCGGGAAACAAUCAGUACCGGUGAUUCUAGAAGAAGCAACAGAUUACAUUCAGGCUCUGGAGAUGCAAGUCAGAGCCAUGAACUCUUUAGCUCAGCUUCUCUCCAGCUACGGCUCUGCUCCUCCGCCGAUUUGAUGAGAGGUUAACUUCGUCAUUAUCCAAAAUAUUCCAUCCUUUUUUAUAAGAAAAAGAUUCAUCUUCUCUGUAUGUGUACACCAAAACUCUCAUAUAUAUAUAUAUAUUGUAAGUACUCUUUUCA